AUGGCAGCGACCUUCCCAACCGUUGACAAAUGCACGUCAAACGGCCGCGAAAAACACAUGGUGGUUGCCGACAUGGACGGAACUUUGCUUAGAGGGAGAAGCUCCUUCCCUUACUUUGCCCUCAUUGCCUUUGAGGUUGGUGGGAUUUUAAGGCUACUUUUCUUGCUCUUGGUUACACCAUUAGCUGGACUUCUCUAUUACUUUAUCUCAGAAUCUUCUGGGAUCCAAGUUCUCAUCUUUGCAACGUUUGCUGGUGUGAGGGUUUCCGAGAUUGAGUCUGUGGCCAGGGCUGUGCUGCCUAAGUUUUAUUCGAGCGAUUUGCACCCUGAGUCUUGGCGUGUGCUGUCUGCAUGUGAGAAGAGAUGUAUUCUUACUGCAAAUCCGAGGAUUAUGGUGGAGCCGUUUUUGAAGGAUUUUCUUGGAUUCGACACGGUUUUGGGGACUGAAAUUGCAACUUAUAAGGGUAAGGCUACUGGGUUUGUUUGCCUACCUGGUGUUCUUGUGGGGAAGAAGAAAGCAGAUGCUCUUAAAAAGGCUUUUGGAGAUGUCCAGCCAGAGAUUGGGCUUGGUGAUAGGCACACCGACAUUCCUUUCAUGAAACUUUGCAAGGAGGGUUACAUGGUGCCAGCCGAACCAGAAGUGGAAGCAGUAACAAAUGACAAGCUCCCAAAACCCAUCAUCUUCCACGACGGCCGCCUCGUCUUAAAGCCAACCCCUCUCAUGGCCCUCCUAACCCUCCUCUGGCUCCCCGUCGGCUUCUUCCUCGCCUGCCUCCGAAUCUCAGCGGGGGCUCUCCUCCCCAUGCCACUCGUCUACUACGCCUUCUGGGCACUCGGCGUCCGCGUCACCGUCAAGGGCACCCCACCUCCGCCGCCUAAAAAAUCCACUGGCCAAUCCGGCGUCCUCUUCAUCUGCUCCCACCGCACCCUCCUCGACCCAAUCUUCCUCUCCACAGCCCUCGGCCGCCCCAUCCCCGCGGUCACCUACUCCGUCUCCCGCCUCUCCGAGUUCAUCUCCCCCAUCAAAACCGUCCGCCUCAGCCGCGACCGGGCGAGGGACGCCUCCAUGAUCAAGAAGCUUCUAGAAGAAGGCGACCUGGCGAUCUGCCCGGAGGGCACCACGUGUCGGGAGCCAUUUCUACUGAGAUUCUCCGCUCUGUUCGCGGAGCUGACGGACGAGCUGGUCCCGGUGGCGAUGGUGAAUAGAAUGAGCAUGUUUCACGGGACGACGGCGCGUGGGUGGAAGGGUAUGGACCCGUUUUACUUCUUCAUGAACCCGAGCCCGGCUUAUGAAGUCACGUUUUUGAACAAGUUGCCGGCAGAGCUGACUUGUGGGUCCGGGAAGUCGAGCCAUGACGUGGCGAAUUAUAUCCAGAGGGUUAUAGCGGCCAGCCUCUCGUAUGAAUACACCGGGUUUACCAGAAAAGAUAAGUACCGGGCACUUGCCGGAAAUGACGGGACUGUCGUUGAGAAACCGUUGCUCCAACCCAACAAAGUCAUGGGAUGCUAG